UAUAUACAUAUACCAGUAUCACCUAUUGCUUACCAUGCUUCUGUUUCUUUCUCGGUCUCAACAACAGCCAUUGUUAUUCCUCAACUUCUGAAAUCUGAACUCAGCAAAAGACAAAGUCAUGCCUCAAACAAAUAUGAUGAAGGCCAAAUCUAACUUGCAUAAAAGAAAGUCAUCCUUGAUUAGUGAUGGACAUCCUUCUGCAUUCAAGAAGAGAAUAUCAAGAAGAGGAAGCUAUGUAGACUCUUUUGAAAGAAAGCAGCCAGAGGGUAACACUAUUAGAGAAGAAAACUAUAAUGAAGAUGAAGAUAAAAAUGUUAUUGGUAAGUACAUGAUCAAAGAAAAAGCAGGAGGAGAAUAUGAUGCAGUGGAUGACUAUCAAGAUAAUGCAGACUACUUACCAGAAGAUAAAGGUCCAAAUACUACAGAGGAGCAACCUCACAAGGGUAUGGUCACAAGAUACUCGGAUGAAAAAAAUAACCCUUCAACUCGACAUUUCAUCCAUGGAUAUCACUUAAUACAAGGACAGAUGAACCAUGGUAUGGAAGACUAUAUUUUCGCUCAACAUAGGAAUCUCGAUGGUUAUGACUUAGGAUUGUAUGCAAUAUUUGAUGGUCACUCCGGUCAUGAAGUUGCAAAAUACUUGCGAAACCAUCUAUUCGAAAAUAUACUGAGUGAGCCUGGUUUCUGGGAAAAUCCAGUGCAAGCUAUUAAGAAAGCAUGCAAAGCAACGGAUGAUGAGGUUUUAGAAAACGUAGCUGAUUCACGUGGAGGAUCAACAGCAGUUGCAGCAAUAUUAGUCAAUGGAGUAAAGCUACUGGUAGCCAAUGUUGGUGAUUCUAGAGCAAUAUCAUGCAAAAAUGGUCGAGCAAACCCACUUACUGUGGACCAUGAUCCAGAGAAGGAAAAAGCUCUUGUUGAGAGCAGAGGAGGUUUUGUGUCCAAGAGACCUGGGAAUGUUCCAAGAGUGGAUGGACAAUUAGCAAUGACAAGGGCAUUUGGAGAUGGAAAACUAAAGAAGCACAUUACGGCAGAACCGGAUGUGACCAUUGAGAAGAUUGAUGAAGACACUGAAUUCAUUAUUUUGGCAAGUGAUGGUGUGUGGAAGGUGAUGACAAAUCAAGAGGCUUGUGACUGUAUCAAGAAUGUGGACGGUGCGGAAAAAGCAUCUAAGAAGUUAAUUAAAGAAGCUAAAUCUCUAGGAAGCUAUGAUGAUAUUUCAUGCAUAGUUAUAAUGUUCUAGCUUGCUAUGAUGAUAUUUCAUGCAUAGUUAUAAUGUUCUAGCUUACGUGCUCAAUAAUGCCCCUGCUUUCAUGAA